AACGCGUUAUUGAUUUUGUAUCACUAUUCUUAAAUUGAUAUUCUCUCUCCUGCCUGGGCCAAGAGGAUCCUCGUUUAGUGCAAUGAGGGCCUUCAUCGUAUUGCUGCUAGCCGUUGCGGCGUCCGCCAAACUGGCACCCCUUCUCACCCAGAAGAACCGUAUCCCAGGACGUUACAUCGUCAAGCUAAAGACUGGAGAGAGUGUAGAUGAUAUGAUCUCUACCCUGGCUAAUGUGAACGUCUAUUACAAAUACAAGACUGUUUUCUCUGGAUUCGCUGCUCAGCUUUCAGACCGCAUGGUCCAAAAGCUCCGUGAGUCCAGUGCUGUAGAGUACAUCGAAGAGGAUGGUGUAGUCUUCGCCAGCUCAGUCGAAUCCUGGGGUCUCGAUCGCGUUGACCAGAUCAAUCUCCCACUCGAUGACGUCUACGAACCAAUCGGUGACGGCAAUGGUGUUGAUGUCUACGUCAUCGACACCGGAAUCAACGCUGGGCAUGUAGACUUCGGCGGCAGGGGUUUCAUCGGCUACGAUGCUCUUGGCGGAUCUGGUGACGACUGCAACGGCCAUGGAACUCACUGCUCUGGAACGGUGGCAGGAAGCAUGUAUGGUGUCGCUAAGGCAGCAAAUGUUUAUGGAGUUCGUGUUCUUAGCUGUCUGGGCUCUGGCUCAUGGGCCGGUGUGGUAGAGGGUUGUGAGUGGGUUGCCAACAACCAAAACGGUCCCUCCGUCGCCUCUAUGUCCCUCGGUGGUGGAGCUAGCCAGAUCGUCGAUGAUGCUGUUCAGUACAUGGUCGACGCCGGUAUCACCGUCGCAGUAGCUGCAGGAAACGAUGACAGUGAUGCUUGUGACUAUUCCCCUGCUCGCGCCGCCUCGGCUAUCAGCGUCGGAGCGACCGAUAUCACCGACACUCGUGCAUCCUUCUCCAACUAUGGUCCUUGUGUUGAUAUCUUCGCUCCAGGAGUAGCCAUCACUUCCACCUGGAUCCGUGGUGAUGAUGCCACCAACACCAUCAGUGGUACCUCUAUGGCCUGCCCACAUGUAGCAGGUGCUGCUGCUAUCAUGCUAGGUAUGGAUCCUAACAUGUCCCCCAGUGAAAUGAAGUCAGCCAUGCAACUAAAAUCCAUUGCUGAUGUUAUCAUCGACCCCCAAGCCGGAUCACCAAACCUCCUCCUCUACGUCGGAGAGGGUAGCGGGGGUGGCUACAUCCCUGAGCCUUACGUCCCUGUCGGUUGCGGUGGUUACUUCAAUGUGACCGAUGGUACGUUCACUAGCCCUAACUAUCCCAGCGAAUACGACGACGAUUCGUCAUGUGACUUUGUCUUUAAGGCAUCCGAAGACGAGGUCAUCACUGUAACCUUCAAUGACUUCGAGCUCGAAGACGCCUCUGGAUGCGGGUACGAUGUCCUCGAGAUCUAUGAUGGACCUAGCUCGUCAGCAAAUCUACUGGGAGAGUUCUGCGGAACUGACAGUCCAGGAAUCGUGACAAGUAGUGGCAAUGAUAUGUUUAUCCGAUUCACCUCUGAUUCUUCCAUUACUCGUACCGGUUUUUCAGCUGAUUACCAAUUUGCUGUUCCACUACCGCCUCCUGAAACCGGAGAUUGUGGCCACACCUUCACCGGGAUAAAUGGAAUCCUGUCUUCACCUAACUAUCCUAGUAACUAUGGUAACAACGCGGAUUGUGGUUUCCUCAUCCAGGGUGCAUCAGGACAGGUUGUCUCCUUGACCUUCGAAGACAUUGAGCUCGAGCAACACACUACUUGUGGAUAUGACUCCGUCGAUAUCCAUGACGGUGGCAUGACUGGUCCCAUCCUGGACAAGGUGUGUGGAAUCUCUCUCCCAGAUGUGGUGUCCUCAUCCCUGAGUUCUAUGUACGUCAGGUUUACUAGUGAUAGCUCUGUUACUCGCAAAGGAUUCACAGCAACCUAUCUUAUCCAGGAUGCAUAGUAUAUCACGAGAGAAUAUAUAUACAUGUACAUGCAUAUGUAUAUACAUAUAUAUAUACUUUUUUGGGGGGGGGGGGGGGGAUGCGCCAGAUAACACAAUCAUAAAAUGCCUUGUAAUUACCAAGAUAAGUUUCGACCAAUAAAUAGCGAAUAAUUCAGUCUGUUCAA